UAUGACCAUGCAAAUCCAUAUGACUGAAACCCAUAAGAAACUGCUGGAAGGCGGAGACGCCGUCAUUGACUGGAGUAGCUACAUGCCGGUGUUGGGAGCAGCACUCUGAAUGAUUUAAAUUAGUGAUCUUGGCUUCCCCCCCAAAUCUCUUUUUGUCAGAGGCAACUCUCAUGUCGUUAUAAUGAGAGCAUGGCCGAGAGGCAUGACGCGGAUGAAGGGACGCUGAUCGCCGCCGUGCUUCAGCAAGACCACAUUGAUGCUCCGACUCCCGACGGCGUAGACAUGGAUUUUAGUGGUGGAGAGGAUGAACUGUGUUUGGAGGAGAUUCUAAAACUGUAUGGGCAGCCGAUUAAUGAGGAGCAGGCGUGGGCAGUUUGUUACCAGAGCUGCCGAACCUUGGCGAAGGAGCACCUGCGAAAACGCACCAAAUCUGCCAAGGCACCAGUUGUGGAUUAUGUUGGAAAAAUUGAGGGACCAGGGGAUGUCCGAAUUCGCAAGGACGGAACCGUUAAGUUACAACAUCAGGGUGAUCCAGAUAAAUACAGACCGUCAUGCACACCAGUAGAGGUGAUCGAGUCUCUGGGCAUCAUGAUCUACAAGGCCCUGGAUUACGGCCUGAAGGAGAACGAGGAGCGGGAGCUCAGUCCGCCCCUGGAGCAGCUCAUCGACAUCAUGACCAACAUGGGCGUGGCCGAGAGUGACGCCUGUCCCGACGAGGGCUACGAGGCCACUGAGGAGGAGGACGAGGGCGAAGAGGGCGAGGAAGAUCCUGCUGGAGUGUGCAACGUCCAUGGCUACCGGGACAUCCUCAAGCUCUGCACCUCCCACCUCCCCAGCUCCUCGGACGCCCCCAGCCACUACCAGGCCGUGUGCCGUGCCCUCUACGCUGAGACCAAGGAGCUCCGCACCUUCCUGGAGAAGAUCAAGAGUGCCAAAGAGAACCUACGAAAGAUGGGGGUGGAGACGACAGAAGAGCCGACGCGAGACCUGAAUGAGCUGCAGAAUGCUGAUUGGGCCCGCUUCUGGGUGCAGGUGAUGCGGGACCUGCGGACGGGAGUGAAGCUGCAGAAAGUGCAAGCGCGGCAGUACGACCCCCUGCCCAUCGAGUUCCAGCUCACGCCCUACGAGAUGCUGAUGGACGACAUCCGCUCCAAGCGCUACAAGCUGCGCAAAGUCAUGGUGAACGGAGACCUCCCGCCCAGGUUAAAAAAGAGUGCCCACGAAGUCAUCCUGGAAUUCAUUCGCUCCAGACCUCCCCUCAACCCUGUCUCCGCCCGCAAACUGAAGCCCCACCCUCCGAGGCUGCCCUGCCUGCACGAGCGAAUCCUGGCGGAGAUCAAAGCGGAGAGAAAACUGAGGCCUGUGUCUCCAGAAGAGAUACGCAGGAGCCGCCUUGUAAUUCGACCGCUUAGCAUGUCUCAAAGCUUUGACUUGUCAGUAUGCACUACGGAACCCACCAAGAGGAGACCGGUCAGCACGCUGGCUCUGGCCAAUGGGACGCCUCCGGGCGAGGAGAGUGAAGUGGACGGGACUCCGGUGCUGUCCCAGAGGAAGAGGCUGUUGAAGGCCCCUGCCCUGUCUGAGCUGAACAGCUCUGACUCGGAGGAGGAUACCACGGGCAAGUCAGCCAGUAGUUCCAGCAUGUCUACGUCAGUGAUGGACGACACCUCACCAGAGUCCGUAGUAGGCAAAAAGACUCCUCCUAUGUUCCUGCCAAUCUCCUCCACACCGCAACCAGAGAAGCGCCUCGUGUUCCAGAGGAGACACUCCAUUGAGAAGGAGACCCCCACGAAUGUUCGGCAGUUUCUGCCCCCAUCCCGACAGAGCUCCAAAUCUCUGGUUUCCGUGGACCCCAGCCCCAAGUCGGAGGAGUUCUGCUACCCCGUGGAGUGUCUGGCGCUGACGGUGGAAGAGGUGAUGCACAUCAGGCAGGUGCUGGUCAAAGCCGAGCUGGAGAAGUUCCAGCAGUAUAAGGACGUCUACAGCGCGCUCAAGAAAGGAAAGCUGUGUUUCUGCUGCCGUACAAAGAGGUUCUCCCUUUUCACCUGGUCCUACACCUGCCAGUUCUGUAAAAGAUGUGUGUGCUCACAGUGUUGUACAAAGAUGAGGCUGCCCUCUAUGCCCCUUGGCAGCCUACCCAUCUUCUCCCUGGGGUCUGGCACCCUGCCCAAGGAGGAGGCCCCAGCCCUGCCUGAGAAGGCCUCCAGCAGCCCCCAGCACCUGGGCCUGCAGCGCACUGGAUCCAGGUUGUCCAGGCUCGGGGAGAGGGCGUCCCGGGAUGAACUCCCCUUGGACCUGACGGGGGACUGGAGCACCAUGGAGGUGUGCGUGGACUGCAAGAAGUUCAUCACGGAGAUCAUCUCCUCCAGCAAGCGCAGCAUGGCCACCAAGCGCAAACGGGCGAUGCGCAAGACCCAGUCCUUCCGCACUUCCUCCCCCAAAUCCUCCAACUACCGGCCGUCCGAGCGCACCAUCAAUGAGGCGUGAGCCCCGCGCCUCCUCUCGUCCCCGCGCCCUGCAUGCCAGCGGCUGCCCCUUUUUCCCUCGCCCCCUCCCCCCCCGAAUGCCCCUCACGUGGCCAACUCUGCGGGUCCCCCUGAGGAGAUGCGGUGCUGACGAUGUUUUCUGCUAUCGUUUAGUUUUGACUGCGUUUGUGAUGUCACGGGGGCCCGUGGUUGUGCUGUGAUCAUCCGGCCACGUUCAGUACGGCAGCAGUAAGCCUGAAAGUGGAAUGUUCUGUAUGUUCGUGCUGGCUGUCACUGAGCACCUCUUCUUCCAGACAAAAGAAUGAUAAAAUGCCCGUGUUGUAAAUAUUGUAUUUAGGACAUUCCUGUCACUGCACAACCACACUCCCUAGCAUACACUUCCAGGCUGAGGAAACCCCUCUUUGUGCAUGGUACGGCCUGCACCCUUUUCUCAGGAAAUUUAAUUUAGUCCAGCUUUAGGCCUAAGGCAUUUGCUCCUCACUGCCCACCAACAGGAUGCCGAAUGAAUGCAUUCCAAUGAAGCAGUCUCUAAUCAUUUUUUUUGUGUCCCUACUAAAUCAAUGCGGAGGAGUAAGAAACGAAAGAGUUGUACCAGACACUUUAAAAAGUGUUGCUACUCUGAAUUGACAGCUGCAAAAGCUACCAAAAAGUACUGUUCGCCACCAGUCCUGAAACUAAAGGUGUGUCGUGUGAUAGAAUGAUCAGUGCGUAGCUAUAUGAGAACAGAGCGAUCGGCCCAGGAUUGAGCUGUGAAUUAGAGGUUAGCUUCCGUUACCAUCCCACUCUCAGGGAGCUCUUGGGGACUGUACCUUGAGACAUGAAUUUGUUCUGUUUUAAAACCUUUUAGACCUGUUGGAUAUAAGCGGAGGUGCAGACCCGGUCUUGCCAACCGUUUAAAUCAAGAACGCGCUCCAUCGCUUUUGAUUUGGCGAUGGUUUUGAAAUUUAGAACCUUCUAUUUUCUGUUACAGUUCAAUGCACUGGACACAUGGUGUUACUUAAUUUUUAUUUUUCAUCCUAUUCUCCAUCAGUGGGCCAUCCGCAGGCAUUAUUCUCACUCAUCUGUUGUGCAGGUAUAGUUGUGUGUUACAGUUUAUAUUUUGGGUGGAUGGAUGGGGUAAAGAUCUUUUGUAAAUACAAGGUUUUCCUAGUGCCAAGUUUUUUUUUUCUUCUUUUCUUUCUUUUUUUGGGUGGGGUAUAAUUCCACCCUGGUGUAAAUAUGGUUAUAUUUGUAAUGAUGUUUCUUACGAUCCCAAAGGGGGAAUCUCGAUUGGAUCCUUGAUUGGAGACAUUUAUAGAGGACUAAAUGGUAUUUUCCCACUGUUUUGAUGUAUCAAGGUUUAUUUAAAAAAUAACCAUGUGUAAAAAUUAUUAUUAUUAUUGCUUUAAUAGAUUUUCUGAAUUAAUAAUAACCAUAUACUUAUGUUAUUUUUAAGUUAUAUAACAUUUUUUGUACAUACAAGCACUGGAAUAGCACUUUUGCAAUUUUUUUGUUUUAACUUUAUUUUUCUGGUUUCUGUUGAACCGCAUUAUUUGGUGUUUUACUGUUAUACUUCAAAAAGGACCAUGUGACCUUGGUUUGGAGGUUUGCUCAUCAUGGUACACACUAGGGGAGUUCAUGU